UUUACCUCGAUCCUCGGAAGAAGACAUUUGAGUGAGAAAUAAGUCUCGCAGAAACGUGAACCCGCUUGGGUUGAAGCCGAAGGGCGCCUAAAUUGUAUUAUUAUUAAUUUUGUUUUAUCAAAAUGUCUAAACUACAGCUGUUGAAUGUGUUUAUCACCGAGCGGCUAACAACAGCAGCAGUGGAGAUAUUUGGUUCGGCGGAAAAGACGUUAGCAGUGUACCAGGAGCGGCUAACAACAGCGGCAGUUGAGAUAUUUGUUGUGGUGGAAAAGACGAUAGCAGAGGUUCAGGGAGAGAACGACCGUCUACGGGGGCUUCUUUUAGAUCAUUUAGGAGCAGACCCCCAGCAGCUAACUCUCCCUGAAGAGGUGGUUCCCCCUAAGCAGCAGGAGUGGAGCCCCAGGCCGGGGCAGGAGGACCCAGAGCCCACACAGAUUACAGAGGAACAGGAGGAACUCAGGACCAGUCAGGAGGAAGAGCAGCUUCAAAGACUUAGGUCUGCUACCACAGAGGUUGUACAGUUGAUAUUUAUUCCUCCCUGUGUGGAAAGUGACUGUGACCAGGACAGCAAGACAGACUCUCUACCCACCAACACAACUGAACAGACCCAAUCAGCAUCGGAUGACGAGGACUACAGAGUAUCAGAACUAACCAGUCACUCUCAACCCCUCUCUGCAGUAAAUCCAGACAGUUCUGCAGCUCUGAGUGAAAUCAUUGUAAGUAUUGAUGAAGACGAGAGUGAAGAACUACCGUCAGGUUCAAAGAGAACACGGGGAAAGAAAGGACAAACCUCUCAAGUCUGCACUGAGGCCAAGACAACCAGUGAGCUGAAAGCACCACUAAAGUCUCACGCAAGCAGGAGACCAUACAAGUGUCAUUUCUGUCCUAAAAGCUUCAUCUCAUCAAUCAGUCUUAAACUACACCAUAAAGUUCAUAAAGGUACGAAGGAGAGACUACAGCAGUUUCUUGUGUGCUGUAAAUCCUUUCAUUGCACAGCUUCUUUAAAAGAUCAUCAGCAAAUUCACACAGGUGAGAAAUCACUUAAGUGCCAAGAAUGUGACAAAUCCUUCAGAUGCAAGUACUACUUCAACAAGCAUAUGAGGACUACUCACCCAGGUGCAACGACACACAGCUGUCCUGUGUACAGUGAAUGCAUUAGGAGAUUGUGCAGUCUAAAGGUACACCAGAGACUUCAUGGUGAGAAACCCAAUCAGUCUUCUGUGUACAGUACAGACUUUAACACCUUACCCAAUUAUAAAGUACAUCAGAGCACUCACACAGGAGAGAAACCAUUUAAGUGUCCUGUGUGUAUUAAAAGCUUUACUAGUUCAAGUCUUUUAAAAAUACACCAGAUAUAUCACACAGGGGAGAAAUCACAUAAGUGCAAAGAAUGUGACAAAUGCUUCUACCGAAAUGGAAAUCUGGUCCUCCAUAUGAGGAUUCACACAGGGGAGAAACGAUAUAAGUGUUCUGUGUGUGAAAAAUGCUUUAUAUCAUCUUCUGCUCUAAAAAAACAUUGUGAAAUUGAAGAGAAACCCUGUCAUCAUGAAGUUUGUGGCAAAAGCGUCAUGUGGAAGGGAAGCUUGACAGAACACCUGAAUAUGCACACAGGGGAGAAAUCGUCUAAGUGCCUUGUAUAUGAAAAAGGCUUCACAUCAUCAAGUGUUCUAAAACGCCGCCAGCCGGAUCACUGUGGAGGGAAUCCAGAAGAAAAACUAUCAAAGAGAGAGUCACACCUCUGCAGCGAUUGUGGCAAAAGCUUCCGAACUAUCAGUUACCUGAGAGUGCAUAUGAGGACUCACAGAGAGCGAGAGCUGCAUAAAUGUUCUGUAUGUGGAAAGUGCUUCACAUCAUCUGCUUAUUUCAAACUCCACCAGCGAAUCCACACCGGAGAGAAACAACAUCAGUGCAACGUUUGCAGCAAAAGCUUCACUCUGAGUGGACACCUUACAGAACAUAUGAGGACUCACACAGAGAGAGAACUGAUUAAGUGUCUUGUAUGUGGAAAAGGCUUUACAUCUUCUAGUGUUCUAAAAUGCCACCAGCAGAAUCACUGUGGAGAGAAGCCAGAAAAAAAGCAAUCUGAGGAAACGUCGUAUCUCUGCAGCGAUUGUGGCAAAAGCUUCCGAACUAUGAGUUACCUGAGAGUGCAUAUGAGGACUCACAGAGAGAGAGAGCUGCAUAAAUGUCCUGUAUGUGGAAAAGGCUUCACGUGGGCCUCCUCGCUAAAAAUCCAUCAGCGGAUUCACACAGGAGAGAAACCUUAUCAGUGCACUGUUUGUAGCAAAAGCUUCACUUGGAAGGGAACCCUGAUAGAGCACAUGAAGAAUCACACAGGGGAUAAAUCACAUCAGUGCCACGUCUGCAGCAAAAGGUUUGUUUAUAGCAGAAGCCUGUCUCGUCAUAUGAUGACUCACACAGGGGAGAAACCAUUUAAGUGUCCUGUAUGUGGAAUAUGCUGUACAACAUCAAGUCUUCUAAAAUGCCACCAGCGAAUUCACACCGGUGUGAAACCAUACCUGUGUAACAUUUGUAGCAAACAAUUCACUUGGAAGGGAGGUCUGACACAACAUAUGAAAAGUCACACAGGUGAGAGACCAUAUAAGUGCCCUGUGUGUGAAAAAGGCUUUAUAACAUCGGGUGAUCUGACACGCCACACGCGAGUUCACACGGGAGAGAAACCGUUUCGCUGCAAUGAUUGUAACAAAUGCUUUAGUCAGAUCAGUUCCCUUAAAUCACACAUGAAGAAUAUUCACUAGAGAGAGAACACGUCACAGUAUAAAAUGUGUCUGUCCUAAGGAUGAAAAGGCUUAUUCUAACUGAUACCUGUAAGAGAACAUACCAUGGUUGAGAAAAUGGUGAUCGAAUGACUGGACUUGUAGAACAUUGCAUAUAACCUACACGGAGCGUACAAAACAUUAAGAACACCUUCCUAAUAUUGAGUUGCACCCCGUUUUGCCCUCAGAACCACCUCAG